UUUGUUUUGGUUGACUUCAACAGAUUUCCUUUUAUUAUGAAAAGUAUAAAUAUUUCUCUGUAGCAAAUUGGAUGUGCGUUGUCUUCUGCGUCUAAAAUUAUUUUAAAAUGACAUUUAACAAUACUCAGGUUUUUCUAGUGUUUAUUAACAUUUUUCUUACGAUCACACAAGUGACUGGAGAAAUUCUUAGCAAAGGAUUUGGAAGCAAUAUCGACUGGAAGUCACUUGAUGAAACUGUGAUGCAUAUAAGUAAAAAACCCAAAAUGUUGAUCAUACAUAAAAGUUGGUGUAAAGCUUGCGUAGGUUUAAAAGAGCAGUUUUUGUCAUCAGACGAAAUUGAAGAGCUCAGUCGUGAGUUUGUGAUGAUCAACACCAAUGAUGAAAUAGCAAGCCAAAAAGAAGAGUACGAUAUUGAUGGAAAAUAUGUACCGAGAAUUUUCUUUUAUGGUAAAAAUGGAAAAAUUCUUAAAAACAUAAUGAAUGAAAAGCGAGAAAAAUACCAGUAUUUUUACAGCAAAGCUGAAGAUGUUAUUAAAAGUAUGAAGACUGUUAUUGAACAAGAAAAAAACAUUUCCCUUGACCGAGGUUAUAAUAAAAACAUAAAUUGGACGACAAUGGCUAACGCCGAAGUUGAAUCUAGAAAAAGUGGAAAGCCAAUUAUGGUUUUAAUUCACAAAUCCUGGUGCAGUUCGUGCAAAAUUUUAAAACCACAGUUUGCUGCAUCAAAAGAAAUCGAAGAACUGAGUAAAAACUUUGUUAUGGUCAACACAGAGGAUGACGAAGAACCAAAAGAUAAAGCAUAUGCUGUUGAUGGUGCAUAUAUUCCUAGAAUUUAUUUCGUUGAACCUAGUGGUAAAGUGAUGGAUCAUAUAUGGAACAAAGGAACAUCC